ACAAUAAUAAUUAUUUUUAUUUUGAGAAUAAAAGAAUGAUAAUCAUAUUUUCGAAUAUACAAACGUUUUUAGUCUUAUUUAGUAUAAUUUCUUUGAGAGCAAUGAUCUAAAGGCUUUCAAAGCUAAUGCUACGUGCCUCAAGCCACCGGGAUACAAGCACUUCUUGAUAGAGUAAUGAUGGAUGGAAAAGGCCCUGAAAUAGUUCUUUACUUCAGUGGUAUAGGAACAUGAAAAAGGGCAAUGACCAGGGUCAGCAUCUGGCAUCAGACUGAAGGGGCCAUGCGAAAGAAAAGCAAUAGUAAAUCUGCACAAUUGUUUCCAAGGAAAACAGUACGUGGCUGCCUGGCUGGUUCUUGCUUAGCAUGCCAAAUCUGAGUGAAUGAAAGAUCGGAGCUGGAUUUUGGUCUAAUCUCUUCAUAAGAUGAAGAAUAAAACAGAUUCCAUCUUUUAGUGGCUUCCAAGUUCCAAGUCAUCAUCCCAUCAGCAUCCACUGUGAUCAAGAUUCAAGAGUGCCAGUAUGUACCUGGCAAAUUCUCUUCCACGGACCACGGGGAAUCGUAUCUUCAUUUCUUGAAUACCUGAAUUCCGUUCAAAUGAGAACGUAAUCAAUCUAAUAAAAGAAAUCAUAAGCUAAGGACCUUUGGAAUCAUAUCUUCACAAUUAAGAACAAAUCAUUAUCAUUGGAUUGAUCUAGUUUUUGGGAAAGUUAAGUUAAAGAUGGUUUUAUUUAAACUAAAAUUUUCUGGCCUGGUCAGAUCUUUGUUCUCAUUGAUCCGGUUUGAUUUGGUCUAGUCUGAAUUGAUAUGAUAUUUGUCUGUUCUCUGUGUAUUUUAUAACUAUACUAAGUCUGGCAGGUGUAAUCUAGUUUAUUCGGGGCUGAAAUUUUUUAUACAAAAAAAAUGCAUUUCUGAUGUAUGUAUGUAUAGCUGUACGUUGAGUGAGAAUGUGGUAAAUCUGAAGAGAUGGAAUUCUUGUGCUGGAAUCGGCCAUCUCGUGAAGAUCAAAAGAAAUGUCUUGACAAGUGCGGCACAUUCAACUAUGACACUGAAUACAGAGGAGCCACCGCGUAUUCACUGAAACAAGAUACACAGCUUACCAAAAGGGGCUUCUUCGUCAACCAUUCCCGUGUUCUAGUUGGUUCUGGAUCUGCCGCUUUCGAAAAAGGCAAAAAAGCCCUUCAGACCUGGAGGCAUUUCAGCUUGAACUGGACAUUUGUGGAUCCGAAGAGUAGAAUCGGAGUUGGGGAGAAAUUUUGUGUGUGCGUUAAGGAAUUCUUGCCAUGGGUUAUGAUGCCUUUACAAGUGCUGUAUGUCAACGAUCAAACCAAAAACAAAGACAAAGGGAUGAUGGCCUCCUUCAGUUUUGGUAGUGGAACUCUUCAAGGCCACUUGUUGGCUGGGGAAGAGCGGUUCUCAAUUUCUUUGGAUGAGAAUGACAAAGUUUGGUAUGAAAUACUCUCCAUCUCCAAGCCUGCCCAUUUUCUCUCUUUUGUGGGAUACCCCUACGUACUACUUCGACAGAAAUCAUUUGCUCAUCAAUCAAGUAAUGCUGUUAGAAAAUACUUGGGACCUUGAUUAGCUCCAUCAUAUAUAUCUUUAAUCUGCUCAGAGCCGUUUCUAAUUUAGUAAUUGUACUUGAAUUUCUUUCAAAAUGAACCAUGUACUAUCAUAUUUUGUUCAUUCUAGUGCAAACUAAUUCUACUUUUAAUUUCUGGACAAUUAGAUGAGUCCUUUUUUUGGUUCUCAAGUUUCAUUUUUUCACUUUUGGUUCCUUAAAUAUAGAUUUAUGGUCCAUUUGGCCACUUAUAUCCAAUCAAUUUCUGUACAAGUUCCGAUUCAUUUCCACCGAAAAGUUGCCGGAGUUGUAUUGUAAAUGGAUAUUUGUGGACUUCUUAAAAUCCAGAUUUGUUAAAAAAUCCAUGAACAUCCUCAUUUCUUAAAACAUCCACCUUUUUAUGAUAACUUCUAUCGAUUGACACAAGUCUAUAAACUUUAUUAUGAAUGACAUUUGGAGAUUUUACAGAAAACAAGAGCUUAAACUAUAACUCUUUACUAACGAUCUAAAAACAUGACCAAUAAAAUAAGUAGCACACAAGUGAUCCAACAAAUAUGAUACUACCGUAUAUAAGAUUUGAACUCUUUUCAAAGAGGCCAAGGGUUUACUUGUGAUAGAUAUCUCGUGGUUGUUCAUAGUAAACUAGAUAAUGAUCUUAAAGUAGAAAGAAUUGGAGGACAUAAUUCUGCUCCAUAAAUUUUCUUAUAUACUUCUCUAAUAACGCAAAAUAAUGUGUGGUGUAUAAUGCUUAAAGCAGAUAUUGAAGUAGCAAAGCGAUGAUAUAAUGAGAUGGUGACAAGAUUGUUUUACAAUAACAUUCUAAAAAACCCCAAUAACACUAGACUCUAAUAGGGCGCGGAUUGUGUGAAAUAUCAAAGUGGCUUACCAAUGGGUAGCCUUGAAGGAUAUAUUUAUAAUAGAUAAAGUUUUACAAAUUACACAAUAAUCCCAAUAUUUAUGAUCUAUUCAGUUGCACAAGGUUUUAACCAGAGUGUUGAUUUUCCUGACACUUUAAGUCCAGUUUUAAUCCAAUAUUUACAAAUUACACUUUUAGUCCACCACUGUCCGCAUAGUUCUCACCAUGACUGUUUCUUUUGGUUGGCUUAUUCGUUAGGUAGAUGUCAAGAAUGCAUUUCUUCACGGUCAUCUCACUGAGGAAGUAUACAUGCGUAGCCCCCUGGAUCGGUUCAUCCUCACUUUCAUCAUUAUGUGUGAUUGUGUGUUGUUUGCGUAAGGCCAUUUAAGGUCUUAAGCAAGCUCCUCGGGUUUGGUUUCACUGUUUAAGCAGUUUUUUUAUUGAGUCACGAUUUCUCGUGUAGUCGGUCGGAUAAUUCAUUUAUUAUUUUAUCGUUAGAGUAGUUAUAUUGUUAUCUUCUUGUAUAUGUGGAUGACGUUAUAAUUAUUGGUAACUUUGUGUCUUUUAUUAAUAAAUUCUUAUUUACUUUAGCUCAAGUCUUUGCUGUGAAGAAUCUGGACUGGUAACACUAUUUUCUUGGCAUUCAACCCUCCCACACUAUGCAUGGUCUUUCUCUCUCUCAACAUAAAUAUGUUACUGAUCUUCUCAAACGUUUCCAUCUUCAUAACUCAAACCAGUUUGUACUCCUCUCCCUUCACGCACCACCUUAACUCAAACGUUUCCAUCUUCAUAAAUUAGUUUCCUAAUUUAUGCAUGCCCUCCGCACUUCACAUUUUUGGCAGUUAAGCGUAUUUUAAGGUAGCUUCAAGGGACAUCAGAUCAUGGACUUCUACUUCGCCCUAUGAAGGACCCGUCGAUAGUCAUAGCCUAUUCUGAUGCAGACUGAGCUGGUUGUCAAGAUAGUAGCCUAUCUACCACACAAUAUGCCAUUUUUUGGGGCCUAAUUUGUUGUCUUGGCAGUUUAAGAAGCAACCCACUGUUUCCAAAUCCUUCACCAAAAUCGAAUACAAUGAGAUUGCUUAUAUUGUUCAGGAUGCACGGCAUAUCAGGUCUGUUUUGAAUAUAAAUUAUUAUGUAAUUUGUAAAACUUUAUCUAUUAUGAAUAUAUCCCUCAGGGCUACCCAUUGGUAAGUCACUUUGAUAUUUCACAGAUUGUAGCAAGAAUCGGCCAAGGUGUAAUAAAAUAGAUAUGAAAAGUAGAAAUAUAGUUUGAGGAAGAAGAUGAAUAUGUCGUAAGUCACAUGUAUUGCACCAAGUGUCCGCCACUAUUUAUACAAGGUCAUGCGACAAUAUAUUAGUAAAGCAAUACAAACAAGGAAACUAAAUAAAAUAUAUUGUGCAAUCCCAUGUGAUACGUAAUCAACUUGUCAUGCAAAGACCAAACAUGAUAUAUGCAUAUCACAUAUUACUCCCCCUCAAAUCGAGUGUAAGUCUUUAACUCUCAGUUUGGACCAAAUUUACUAAAAUCGUUUGGUACCAAGAGCCUUUGUGAAGAUAUCGACAACUUGAUGUUGGGUGGAGAUUGGUUGUGGUUGGAUCUCGUGACUCCUAACGCGCUCCCGAACAAAGUAAUAGUCCAUUUCAACAUGUUUGGUGUGUUCAUGAUAUUCCAGAUUAGUAACAAUAUACCGGGUUGCCUAAUUGUCACAAAAUAAUGACGUGGGUGUAACAGAGAAAACUCCAAAAUCACGAAGCAGCCAACGUAGCCAAGUUUUUUCACUAACAACAAUUGCCAUAUCCUGAUACUCUUCCUCAGCGGAUGAACGAGAUACCACAAUUUGUUUUUUUGUAUGCCAGGAAAUAGGUGAGCCGCCUAAGGUGAUGAAGUAACCAAAAUUGGAGCGCCGAGUGAAGGAACAACUAGCCCAAUCAGCAUCACAGAAGCCCCCUAGUGAAAGGUCUGAGCUUGAUGAAAGAAAGAUUCUUGGUCCCAGAGUGGCUUUGAGUUAUGGAAGUACUCGAUGUGUUACAUCGGUGCGAUUGGCAUGGUUGUGAAAGAAACUGACUGAGCUGAUUCACCGGGAAGACAAUAUCAGGCCGUGUGACAAUAAGAUACUCCCUCCGUCCCCCUAAUAUUGGGAUGGAAGGAAGUAGUUUUUAAGAAAAGUAGAAUUAUGUGGUUGAUAAUGAGUUGAUAAAGUGGAAAUAAAGUAAGAAUGAAUUAGAGCCACACAAUUUUUAACAAAUAUGGUAUGAGACAAUAAUAGGGGAACAUCCAAAAAUGAAAAAAUGGGACAAUUAUAGGGGGACGGAAGGAGUAUAUUAAACAGCCUACGAGUCACCAAUACAUCCUUGCAUCAACAAAGGCACUGUCAUCAUGAGGGUGUUACUUAAGAUUUUGCUCCAUGGGAGUGGGACUUGGUGGACUGUCGAGCAUGCCGCUUUCUCGUAGUAUAUCCAAAGUAUAUUUCCGCUGGCUAAGAAUAAUCCCGUUAAGAGAACGAGCAACUUCUAUCUCUAAAAGAUAUUUGAGUGUGCUGAGGUCCUUGAUGGUGAAUUGUUCAUGGAGAUAGUGCUUGAUUUGAGAGAUGUGGGUGAGGUCAUUUCCCGCUAGCAAGACAUGCAUCAUCCACGUAUAUCAAAACAACGGUAUAAGUACUCCCUCGGCGGUAAAUAAAAAGUGAGUGAUCGGCACGGGAUUGCCGAAAACCAAUCUUGGUAAGGGCACAAGUGAAUUUUUCAUACCAAUUACGGGAAGCUUGGUGAAGACUGUAAAAAGACUUUUGUAUCUUGCAUACCCGAGUGUCACCUUUCUUAGCAAAGCCUUGCGGAAUACGCAUGUAUAUGCCCUCGCGUAAAUCUCCAUGCAAGAAGGCAUUAUUUACAUCAAGUUGGUGAACCACCCAUUGACGUUUAACAGUAAUAGCUAAAAGGCAUCUAACAGUAACAAGCUUUGCGACUAGGGCAAAAGUCUCAUAAAAAAUGAAUGCCCUCAAUUUGUGUAAAUCCCUUUGCAACCAACUGCGCUUUGUAUCAUUUGACAUCACCAUUGAGUUCGUAUCUGAUUUCAUAAACCCACUUGGAUUCAAUUAAUCUCUUUCCUGAGGCAAUGGAACUAACUUCCAUGUCCCGUUGGCUUCCAAGGCUUGGAUUUCCUUUUGCAUGGCUGCUCUCCAUAGUGGAUCCUGGACAACUUGAGAAAAGUACUUAGGCUCAUCAUGAGAGUUGAUGGCCGCCAGAAAAGCACGAUGAGCCGGUGAAAAUUUAUUAUAAGAAAGAUAAUGUGUGAGAGGAUGUACCGUCAAGUUGGCCAUGUUGGAAGGGUGUGUCGAGUGGUGGAGUGAAGGUGGUAAGUCAACAUAAAUGAGGUCCAAGUGUGCGGGUGACCGUCACACACGUCUAGUUUUCCGAGAUUUCAGGACUUUUUGUGCUUCACCUUGUCCAUCAUGUGUUCACUCAGUGGAUUCAGGAUGAUCAAGCUCAUGAGAUGGCUCAAUCUGUUGUGCACUAGAAGAGUGUUGCACGGGAGGAAUGUUGCCACGUAUGACCGGCCUUAUCAAGUCAAAGUUCUGUUGUGAUGUUGAAUUAUCCGAAAUGUGUGACAACGCCAUGCGAAUGGCAUUAUCAAAGGACUGAUCGGCCGUUAAAAAAGUUGCCUUGAAAGAGAAAAUAUUCUCAAAAAAAGUUUUCGUAGCUUGUUUAAAAAAAAGUUACAUCUAUAGAGCUAUAGACCUUGUGUGUUUUAAGACCAAAGACUUUACAAGUCUUUUGUCCGUUAGAGUAUCCCAAAAAUAUGCAAGGACUCUUCCUCCUGAUCUCGCUGAAUUUAUCUUUCAUUUUAUUAUCACGAGCAUAGACCAGACAUCCAAAAACGCUAAGAUGAUUAUAAUCAAAUGGCUUCCCAAAACUCAUUUCAAAUGGGCUUUUAUUCGAGAUGACUAGUGCUGGAAGUCUGUUUAUAAUAAAAACAACGCUAAGGAUGCAUUCCCCCCAUAUUUCUAUGGGCAAACCAGCUUGGAAUCUCAGAGCUCUAACAACUUCCAAACUGUGUCGGUGAUUUAAUUUAACAACCCCAUUCUGCUAAAUGUGUAUCUGUACAUGAGAUUUCUAAACAAAUACCAUUUUUACUAUAAUAAUCCUGCAAAAUGCGGGAUUGAAAUUCUCCCCAUUAUCUGUGCGUAUCCGUUUAACCGUAUGACCAAAUUGGAUCCCAAUCAUAUUACAAAAAUGUACUACCUCCGUCCCACUAAUAUUGAGACAUGAGGAUGUGGCACAAUUAUUAAGAAAAGUGGGUUUAUGUGGUUGAUAUUGAAUUGAUAAAGUAUGAAUAAUCUAGACCCACACAAACUUUACUAAAUUUCGUAUGAGACAAUCUUAGUGGAAUUUCACGAAAUGGUAAAAUGGGACAAUCUUAGCGGGACGGAUGGAGUAUUAAAAAUUGGCACAUAUCAGAUUUUGCAUUCAACAGAUAAACCCAGCACUUCGUAUAAAAUCGUCAACGAUGGAAACAAAAUAGUGAGCACCCGUGAAAGAAGCACAUUUGCACCCGCCAAUAUCACAAUGAAUCAGAUCAAAACUACACCUUGUUUUAAUAGUACUGGUAGGGAAUAUGAGACGAGUCUGUUUAGCAUGCACACAAGAAUCACAAAAAGAAACAUCUUUCUUAAAACCUUGAAAAUAUUAAUGUGAUGAAGUUUAUCACUGGAAGCAUGCCCCAAACGCCGAUGCCAAACUUCAAAUUGUGAAGAAACCAUCAUUGUCGCUCGCUCGCUGUUGAAAGUUUCCAAAUAAUAUAAACCACUCUGAAACCUACCCAUUCCAACCAGCCUCUUCGAGAGUGAGUCAUGUAUCACACAAAAAUCCCCCAAAAAAUGUAAGUGUACAAUUGUGUUCUUGAAUAAGUCGGUUGACCGACAAUAAAUUGCAUUGAAAAUGUGGCACAAAUAAAACAUGUGAUAAAGUCAGUCCAUUAGGCGUUGAACAAUCACAAAAUCACCGUUUGGUAUUCGAAUAGGGGACUCAAAUGGAUUUUCCAUGAUAUUGGUUAAAAGAGUUUUGUUGCACGUAAUAUUCUCUGACGCCCGAAGCCGAAAUCCUGGUCAAUCUCUUUUCUAGUUAACCAUACUACAAUACUCAAAUAAAACCACGAAAUUGCAAUUGUUGAUAAAGACAACAAUCAUGGUGACACAAUAACUAUUGAUUGCAUGUCUCCAUGUUACAUACAAUCUGGUGAUAAACCCAGAGACAUUUUUGUCACUUCACUUCUACAUGAUGGCAACUAUGGAGAUUGGCUCGAUGAAAUGACCAAUAUUCUUUAUGCCAAAAAUAAAAUCGGAUUCACCAACGGCGAUAUUCCUAUGCCGGAAAAGGAUUAAGGAAAAGCAAGAACGAGGUUAUGUUAUACAUGAUGUCCCUAUUUAAAUUCAACAUUCUGAUCGUCUUUCUUUAUGUUGAUGAUUUCACUGUCACGCGAAAUAACUCAAAAUCAACCGGAGAAUUGAAGAGAUAGAGACAUCUUUUAAAAUGAGUUACUUAGAAUUAAAACACUACUUCCUCUAGGGAAAGAAGACAUCUUCUUAUCUCAAGAAAAUAUAUUAAAGGCAUGCUACAUAAGUUAUAAAUGCAAGACUCCAUUGGUUUCAAAUGAGAAAUUAAAGAAAGUAGAUGGGUUAAAGAAAAUAGAUGCUAUCAAUUAUCGAAGCAUGAUUGAGAGUCUACUUUUUUAACGGCUACGAGGCCAGAAGUCAUGCAUGUAUGCUACAAUUUUUCUCUUGAGGAUCAUGAAACGUCAAACAGAGUCUCACUAAAUAUGGAGCAACAAAGAGACUCCUUAGGUAUCUAUAAGGGACAGUCAACCAUAGCAUUUGGUACAAAACAAGUUGUGACUCACGAAUUGUAAUACUUGAAAUUAAUUUAAAGGGAUUAAUAAUACUACUCAUACCAACAAGGUGCAUCUCCUUUUAAUGGAGCUCAUUAGCUAAGAACUCCAAGUUAAGCGUACUUGCAUGGGAGUAGCCUUGGGAUGGGUGACCCCUUACAAGUUUCUCAGGGCGCGCCCGAGUGAGGACAAAGUGAAGGUUUGUGAGGACAGUACUAGAGGACUGGAUGGCAUUCAAGAGUAACUACCUCGGGCUUUAGGGGGUCAGAGUGUUACAGGUGGUAUCAGAGCAACCCUGCGAUAGUGUGCUGAUCCGUUGGAUAUCGGGUGGACACCUAGCAAGGGAGGAUUCUGAGGCUUGAUUGAGAUUAUCUUAUAGGCGCAAUGAGGACAUUACUAGAGGUCUAGAGGGUCGAUGAUCAAUAUGACUUGAAACGCACCUCCGGUUACACAUUUAAGCUUGGUUUAAGAAUUUUCUCAUUGGGAUCAAAGAAGUAAGAUUCAGUUUCACAGUUAUCUGUAGAACCUGAGCAUGUUGCACCAGCUGUAGCAACAUGUCGAGCUAUAUAGUCAAAAUGAAUAUUACUCCCUCAAUCCCAUUAUAAGGUUGCCACUAUCCUUUCUUGAAGGUCUCAUAUAAAGGUUCUCAUUUCUAUUUUAGGAAACAAUUAACAUUAUUUAAUGACAACUAAUCACCAAAUAUUAAAAAGAACACAUCUAUAACAUCAUAGUUAUCAUUAAUGACCCCAUUAUAUAUAUACCCAUCAAAACUAUGUAUCAAAAUGUACUCGAACAAUCUCAUUUAAUUAUUGUCUAAAUAACCAUGUCAUUUUACAAUGAUAACUUUUAAGCGGGACGGAGGAAGUAGAAGUAUGAGCGAAUUGCAAGUAACUCAGUUCAACACGAUCAUACUGAGCACAUCGACAUCAACUCAUCAAGUAUAACUUCUUGAUAGAUGUACAAGUAAAUGGGUAUAUUGAGAUAAAGUACUGCCUAAGAGAGGAACAAUUGACGAAAUUUUCCCAAAUGACCAAUCAUGAGAUAGAUUCCAAUUUCUGUAAAGAAUGCUUGGAGUACUGACAAAUGCAUCAAGGAGGAGUAUUAAGCAGUGAUGCAUUUAUAUAAAAUAUUCUAUGUAGAAAAAGUUGAGUUAUUCUAGAGAAUUAAAGCUAGAAAUAUUCUAGAGAAUUCUCAACUAGAAAAUUUAUUUGCGCAGUGUAAAAUAACUUGAGAUAGUUAUAUAUUACUCUAGAUUUCUAGCAUUUAGUAAGGAUCGAGAAUGACCCUUUAGCACCAAUAAAUAUGACCUUGUAGUCAUUUGUUCACCAAACAAAUUCAAUAUAAUCUAAGUUUUAUAGACACAAGUGCUCGUUCUAGUCUUGCGUACAUGACCAAUUACAAGACUUCACUCUAUUCGACUAUUCUACACAACACACAUACACUUGUAGCUCACUAAAACCAUUUAUUGUAUUCAUACACCAAUGAUAACUUCCAUUUUCAAAAAGUAGUCACGCAGGCAGAAACUUUACUUGAAGAAAAAAUCCAUUUUGAGAUUGCGAACCAGAACUUAUUUAUUAUUCAUCAUUAAAUAAAAUAGAAGUAAAAAUGAAGUGCUUGGAUGAAAUUGAGCCCACAAAAGUUGUGUUUCCUUGAAACGAAUUUGUUUACAACACAUUAGCAAAUGUCUCUCAGGAUCGGCUAAAUUAAAGAGACGCAGAAUAAAUCUGUUAUGUGGUGCACUUUUCCAAACGCAGUUAUUCAAUUCAAACGCCGCACGCGUUUCAAUCCAAAGCUAAUUCUUAGACUCUUCAAUCAUUUUAUUUGCUAUCCUCCUUCAAUCGAAAAUAGUAAACCGUAAAUUAAAGAAAUAUUUGGCCGGCGAACCUUAAAUGAUUGCAGAAAACAUCUAGAGCGAAAAUAUAAUAGCAGUUGGCAUUGAAUUAAUUAGUAUUACCCCGUCUCAAAAAAUACUUCCCGGUUUGACUUGACAUGACAUACUUAUUAAGAAAGUGGAGUAAAGUGGAAAUGUAUGGUUUUAUUUGUGUGAGAAAAAGAUAAAAUGAAUGUGAGCCACACAAAUUGUCCAAAAAGAGAAAGUGAGAAGUAUUUUUUGGAACUACCCAAUAUGGAAAGUGAGAAGUAUUUUUUGAGAGCUGAGGGAGGGAGUAAUAUUUUAAAUCGGCUUUCCUGCUUUUGAAGUAUCAUCGAUUACACAGUAAACAUAUACUCCAUGCUUUAAUUUGUGGAAAUAACUAUUAACAACAACAAAAUUAUAUUAGGAGAUGGAGAAUGCAAGCCCUGGUAUAAAUUUAACGGACCGGACGCAAAUAAUUAAGAUAGAUCCCGGCCCGAUCUAGUUAGGACCGGGGUAGAUCGAUUAGAUCAUAAUGCAUCGUUUAUAAGUAUACGAAAACCAAAGUGUUUCACACACACUCCUACCCUAAUUGUCUGUUUAAUUACAUAGACAAUUCGUUCAGAAGCUGCAUUGUAGACAAGAUAACUAGGGAUAUACACAAAAUAUAAAAAAAAUGAUAUAUAGUAGGUGCAGUGUAUAAAUUAAAAUGUGGUAAAUCAAGCUAAGCAAGCAUUAUAUAUAUUCUCCAUAUAAAAAAUAGAUGGAAGCAAAUAAAUACGAUAGUACUAUUAUGUAUAAUUUAGAUAGAGCUGAGGGAUCGGAAUGGAAGGGAUACUAUACGAUGAAAAAGAACUGAGAUAUUGGCACGGCUCAAUCAAAGCUGCUGCUAGCCGCGCGCGCGCAAUUAAUUCUCAGGCCGGCCGGCGGCAUGCAUGGCUGCAAGUGCAAGCUCUGAGUGAACCAGGCCAAUAUCAAAGUUUCUGUUUCAUUUUUUUAUGUACUGGCCGGUCGAUGGAUCUAUGAGCAGAAAGAAAGAAAGAAAGGGUAGAUGAGAGAUGGAUCGGAUAGAUCAGAAGGCAGGCAGGCCAAGUGAUGAUGAUGAAGAGCUACAUAAAUAAUGUAUGGAGUGUCUCGAUCAGCUGGGAAAUUUAUUAAGGAUCGAUGGAUACGACUGUAU